CUGCAGGGACUUAAAACAAAUGCCUUGUCUGAAGUAAUACUAUAGAAGUAUUAAUUCUACAUAUUUUCUUGUAGGUUUUUAAGAUUUUCUAGAGAUUUUCUUGCAGAGUAAUGCUGAAGUAGCUUUCUGUUUGCCAUUUGCUGCAGAAUCACAUGCCUAAGGUAUCUUCAUAGAUCUAUAAAUAUCAGAAGGGCAAAAAUGUCACAUAAUUUCCAAGAAAGCAGACUGGAGUUCCCAAACUCACUUAAUGGCCAGCACUGGAUAUUCCUGAGAAAAGGCCUAGAUGACUUCAGAGAUGGCUUCCCUCCUUCAUGUGAAAAUAUGGUUGUGUAUGGUGAAAAGCGACCUGUCUCAAUUAUCCUAAAAAGCUGCACAGUAAAAUCUUCAUACACGGCUCCGUGGAACAAAAGCAAGAAGUCCAGCAAAAUACAGCUCUUCAAUGAGGUCACUGGUGUGUUCAAUCCCGAAAUCUUAUUUAAGAGUAAGGCUCACUGUGAACAGGAGAACCAAACUCUUCAAGAGGGGCAGGAUCAAAUGGAGGACAAGCAAAUGAAAGUAAUGAGUUGCAAGAUACUGGCAUGCAGCCAGGAGUCUCAAGGCAAAAAAACAGGUGCUUCUCUUUCCAAGAAGAAGGUAGCAGCAAGAGAAAAAGAGGCCACACAGGGUGACCCAGCUCCACUUGACAAAUAUGUAAAGCAAAUAACCAAGCAUUUUUGUGAUUGGGUUAUGUCUUUGGGAGGAGGGAACUGGAAUAUUGAUGAAGAUGCCCUCAAAAGUUUGUUCAGCAUCAGCCUUGGAAGGGAGGUCACCCUCCCUACACCUUUCUGUGCAGUGAAACUCUAUGUACAACCAGAGCAGUCAAAAAGCCAAGAGGCUUCACCUCCCAAGAUUGCUGUCAGGAGUUCUCAUCAACUAGGGUGCCUGCCAUGCCAGGUUAAGGGGAUAGAAGUUGCACAGCUCUACAGUACGCAGGCCUUUAAUGAGUUCCUGGAAAGAAAGGGCUACCGAAAGCCUCAGUUCCUUCUGAAAAUGCUGGCUGGGAGAAAUUAUAGUGGAGCUCAAGAGAAGAUGUUCAAAACUUUUGAGAAGUGAUGACCAAAGAGAUAAGAUGAGAGAAGCUUCUUCCACUACUAUUAACACAGAUUUCUAAAUUCUCUUUAAAUGAACAGAAGCUAGUAGCUGAGCUGUUCCUUAAAUAUUCUUACAUUAGAGUAAGCAUAAAGAUAGUUUUGAGGGUUUUUUCUGAAGUAGAGAAGUAGUUUGAAGAUCAUAUAGUUGGCAUAAGCCAUUUAGAUGUCUUAGCUGUUCUUAGGUUGGCUGAAAGGCACUCAUGUGCUGUAACAUACUGACUUAAAAGUCCUGGACUACAGUCAGCUUACCACUUUUUAAGCAUCCACAUUGUACUUACUGCUUCAAUCUAUAUUACCAGCAUCAUGGUGAAAAUAAAUUGCAGAUUUAGACCUGUUUUAGAGAUGAAUUAAGUUCUGCAAAGGAGAAGGCGUUGGCAUCUCAUAUUUUAUAUGAGGGGUUUCAUAUUUUAGAUGAUUUUUCAGCAUUGUAUGUACAAGCUGAGUCACUUGCUGGAUGGAUACCAAUGAGAGAUGUUCCAUACUACAGGCUUUCCGUUGUGUGUGGCACCUUAUAGAUCAGAUGAAGCUUAGGGGCUCAGAGCUCUAGCAACUGAGACUUCAGCUGAUGCCUGUUCAUCUGCCAACUAUUGUAGCAGUUAAUUAGGAGUCCCCAUUCACUUAAUCAAAUGUGAUCGUUGCUGUAUCUGAGCCCAAGUUGUAUCCAACACAGUCGCAGGCAGUCUGCAGCAAGCCCCAGAGCUGAAUUUUGUCUCCCAAACCAACCUGCUCUAGUGACCGUCUACCCCACACAGUUGGGAAACAUCUGCUUCAGAACUUUCAAGACCAACAUUUUUGUGAGACAAAUUUCAACAAGCUGAGUACCUAACCAAUAUAUUCUUCUAGAUAGCCAUGUCAGUACACUGCAGAAUUUUUUUUGCCUCAGUUUGUUUCUUAUUUCUUUGAAUUGGCUGUCUUUUGCAGGAAGGAGGGGGAACGCUGAUAUUUUUCCAAGUUCAUUUUACUUAGCUAUGGUGUAUUGUUAAUUUAUACCUCAGUCCAAUUUCCUCUUUUGCCUUCCAGAACUAGGCCUCUAUAAGAUUACUUUAUCUUUAGGAAAGCUAUCUUCCAUACAAAUUGAGUUGAGGAGCCCCCAGCAUACCCGAAAGGUAGAUUUUUCCACAGCGCAGGGAAAUUCUCACCUGCAGAUCAUAAUGUUUAGAGGGAUUUUAGGUGUUAUUUGGAUUUCUAAAUCCCAGUCCUGCACAGAAUCAGGGUGCCUUGAAGCUGCACUUUUAUGCAGAGCUGAUGCUAAAAUAAUCAGUUCAACCUCUAUCUGUCAUAGGUUCAUCAAGUGCAUUGUAAUACUUCAUUCUCGGUAUUUCAGGAGCCUUCAUCUGAAAGUAAAGCAGUUGCUGGGGGAGAGCUUCUUGUGAAGUAGGCAAUAAUAUAAUUAUAGACUUGGCUUUUUCUUAUGAACACCACUGGAACAUAACAGACUGCUGCAGAAAGAAGUUUAUUUAAUGUUGAAUUAACAAAGCUAAAACUAUGAUGAUUUUUUUGUUGUUUUGUUAUUGCAAUAAUGUGUGCAGCCACAGAAGGGCUUUUCAGAACAGCCUAAGACUUUGCAAUCAACUUCUGCCAACACUGAGGAACAUGUUAACCAUCCCAAAUACAACAACAGACACCUUACGCACUCACGUAUAUUAUGUCUAUGGGCAAUAUCAGAUGUAAUGCAUUAAAUGCAAUGGACAAUACAGAAUCAGCUCCUUUAUUUGGUGGAGGUUUCUUAUAUGAACAGAAAAAAAGACAGUUGUAGAAAAGGGAAGGAAUCUCUAACUAGGGCCCCUGCUCUUGCAAGUGAGGCAGCUUCAUAGGAUUUUUUUUUU